AACGGAGGAGUCCUGCUGGCGCGUGCACGCUCAGCACCUGCGCAGGUGAGCAGGGCGCGUGCAGGUUGUCGCACAGGGCAGCUCGUGCUGCAGCUGCAGCAGAGAGGAGCGGGGUGGAGCCAGCAGCUGCAGCAGCUGCAGCAGCAGCUCAUAAAGCCUACAGGCUGCUCUCUGAGCUGCUUCCUGAGAGCUGAGCGCCGCUCCGCAGCGCGCGGAGGGAGGAGGGGCUCACAUCUGCACCAGCUGCGCCCGACCCCCCCAUCACAGGACUCCACAGGCCCGAGUCCGAUCGUCGCUCUGAGACCCGAGAUCCGCUGGGUCCAUGUUGGGACCGAAGCCGUGCUGCAGAGGGAGGAGGACCUCACACCGGGCCCUCUGAAGGCCCCGCAGCCGGACUCCUGGUCCAGUCCGCCCGGUCCGACCCACCAUGCAGCACCCGUUGGACAUGCGGGCUCAGUACUACCCUCCGGACCUCCACCCGGACCACCGGACCCAUCGGUACCGGAGCUUCAUGAUAGAAGAGAUCCUGACGGACCCCCCGGAACACAAGACGUCCGCCCCGGCAGGAGACCUGCUCAAGUUCGGAGUCCAGGCUCUGCUGUCGGCCCGGCCCUUCCACAACCAGCUGG